AUGUCGGGUACUGGACCCAGGCAACACCUGGAUGCCUCUGCCGGCCGUGAUGUUGUCUAUUGUCAUGCGUGCGAAAAUGAGUGGUUCCAGGAUCAGCACGGCCUGGUCUGCCCGCAAUGCCAUUCCGAGGCUACCGAGAUAGUGACGCCCGAAAAUGACCCACGCCCUACCAACACACACGGUAGCAACACGGAGCAGCAAGGUCACCGAGAUCGAUACGAUGAUUCUGACCCGGAGGAAGAGGACAUUGAAGAGCAUAGCCACCGCGCUCCUGGGGGAGUAUACUUCACCUCGAGAGUCUUCCGGAUGCCUGUCAAUCACGGCGGAGGGACAGAAGCCUCACGUGUCCAUCCCUCAGAUGGCAACGCCGUCAUGGAGCGGUUUUAUGAAAUGAUGAAUCGUGACAUGGGACCAUCGGCUGCUCCUGGUGCUUCCAACUCGGACGAGACAAGGUCUGCAACUGGACAAGGAGCCAGCGAGAACACUGGUACACGCCACUACACCACUCGUACCACAAUGUUCCCAGGGGGGUCUUCAAGUUUCACCAUCACGACCGCCCCAUUGCAAAGGGACGGGAACAAUCCGCCAAUAGGCGAGUUCGACGCGUACGCAGACCCCCAUCCCCGGACCAGGCGCCGCAUCGUGAUAGUGAUGCUUGACUCGGGAGGCGCUAACAGUAAUGCUAGCAUCUUGAGUGCCAUUAUGGGCAAUAUCACCAAUCCAGUUGGCAACAGUCCUCACAGAGGCGGCGACACAAGCAGCAACGCCGAAGGCAGCGAUCUUCCUCCCCACGGGUUUCCAAUUGCUUUUCAACAGCUUCUGGGUGCCUUGGUGACGGGAUACGGAGGUACUCGCAACUGGGGUGAUGUUGUGACUUCACAGGAGGAGUUUGACAGAAUAAUCUCCCAAAUGAUGGAAGCAAACCCAAUGUCUAAUGCUGCGCCGCCGGCUUCAGAUGCUGCCAUAGAGAAACUGGAGCGAAAGAAACUGGACGAGAAGAUGUUGGGCACUGACGACAAGGUUGAGUGCACGAUUUGCAUGGAUGACCUGAGUCUUGGGGAUGAAGCCACUGUCCUGCCCUGCAAGCACUUUUUCCACGGGGAAUGCGUGACAAUCUGGCUCAAAGAGCACAACACGUGCCCCAUAUGCCGAACCCCGAUUGAGCAGAGGAGUUCAGCCGAAAGAACUCAAGCACCACCAAACCAAUCUUAUUCAGGGCCUCGUGCCGCAAGGCCCGAGCCCCCAAGGGGCCUAUUUCCAUGGGCUUUCCAGUCAUCCGGAAGCGGAACUGGCUCCUUUGCGAAUAGCUCGCCACAACGUUCAAACCAAAACUCUCAGCAGUCACCUAUAGACAUUCAGCAAAACGACAGUGGUCAUACCAGUCACCGCCGGGAGCUUUUUCGCAGUCCAUCAACCAACGAGGAGCGCCUCCGGGCGAUUAGAGACCUUGCAAACAGCGACCGCCAUGGAGGUUCUGAUCGGCCCACGACGCCACCAUUUGCAGGUCGGCGGCGCAAUUCUCUGUCUCCACCUAGCCCAAGCAUGCAAGCUCCCUGGAAUUUGUCUUACGACCCUGUCCACGAUUUUACCAGUGCUUCUAGGGAUCGGACUCGGGAACGUGACGGCGAUCGGAGCAAUUCGCAGAGUAGCUCUCGGUUCACUAGCACAAACCGUGACCAGGACGGUCACAGGGACCGUGAGCGAUACCGUCAACAGGCACACGAAUCAAGCCAACAAUCCAGCCGUGAACAGCGAGAUCAGGACCGCAGUGAUGGCAACGGGAGCCGGCGUGGUGACAACAAUCAGCCAAGCAGCGGAAGUACAUUCGACCCAUUCAGCUGGAUAAGAGAUAGACUUCCCGGAGGUGGCAACUCGUCAGGAGACAGUCAUCGACGGAGCUGAAACCUUACUGAGAGGAAGUCCAGAGAUUCCAAGCGCAAGUGUUCGCGGUACAAGUCCAUGUCCCGCCAAAGGUCUCGUCAAUACGGUGGACGCCGACACACGUUGCACCUAUUGGUUCUAACCGUCAGAUUUCUCGUUUUUUCCUUGGUAACAGACCACAAGGGAUUUCGAUACGAUGGUGCGACAUCACGAGGAGGGAUGUACAUGAGCUUUUAGGAUUGUCGAAUACCUGAUUUAUUUGUAUAGAUUAAGGUUAAAGAGGAUACCAGGUUCAUACGUGUUUGCUAGCCAGUUUUUCUUUCUUUUUUCUUUUUUUCUAUUCUCUUCUCCCUUCUUUCCCCCCUUGACUUCAACUCCACACAAAGACGAGCUGACUUUCGCUGAUUUCAUGACCAAAUGAUGGUAAGUUGCCACGAUGGGAAUGUUCUUUUGACUAUAGGGACCGGAAAGACUGCGCUCAAUCUGCAAUCAUGGAGCAAAGAAAUGCAAGCCGUAACUGUAGCCCGUAUGACCUAGA